CUGCAGAAUGAAGAGGAGCCCGGCGAGGCCGUGCCCGCGGUGAACGAUGCCCCUCCGCCUUACAGCAGCAUUUCCGCGGAGAACACAGCUUAUUUUGACUACAAGGAUGAGUCAGGAUUUCCUAAGCCUCCAUCUUACAACGUGGCCACAACACUGCCUAGUUACGAUGAGGCGGAGAGAACCAAGGCUGAAGCCACAAUUCCCUUGGUUCCUGGAAGAGACGAUGACUUUGUGACACGGGAUGACUUUGAUGACACCGACCAGCUGAGGAUAGGAAAUGAUGGCAUUUUCAUGCUGACUUUCUUCAUGGCGUUCCUCUUCAACUGGAUUGGAUUUUUCCUGUCUUUCUGUCUGACUACUUCAGCUGCAGGACGAUACGGGGCCAUUUCUGGGUUUGGUCUGUCUCUUAUUAAAUGGAUCCUUAUUGUCAGGUUCUCCACCUAUUUUCCUGGUUACUUCGAUGGCCAGUAUUGGCUUUGGUGGGUCUUCCUUGUACUAGAUGUUUUCUGGCAAAUGUCUUCCUGCGUUGGUGAAUUCUCCCUCAAGAAGCAACAAGACACCUGCAGGAAGUGAAUCAAGACUCUGGAGCAGCAGAAAAAAUAAUCACCUGCUUUAAAAUAAAUAAAUAAAAGUACUGUUG